AUGGAGAAGAAGAAGAAGAAGAAGAAGAAGAAGAAGAAGAAGAAGAACUUGAUGUUCCAUACAUCCACAGAUCUAAAGAGGCUCAAAGAAGAGACAGUCAUGUUGAUGUGGACUUUAGAGAAAGUGAUCCUGGAUCUGAAACAUGAUCCUGGUUCAUCAUCUGAAUCACUCAGCUGCUCUCAGGUUUUUGUACCACUGUUUCUCACUGUGGGAUUCUACAUUGACGGCUACCUCAUCUUCGGCUCUGGGACUAAACUGAUUGUAACAGGUAAGAACAAAAACUUUAUCUUUAUUGUUUGAACUGAUUUAUAAAACCUCAAAAUCUCUCCACAAAUCUGAAGUUAUUGAUGAAUUUCUGAUAAAUCUGAGUUUGAUAUGAAAUGUUGAGACAGUGUCACCUCUAUAUUUGGUCCUCUCUGUGAGUCAGAACCAUCAUUUCUUUAUUUAUAAUGUUAAGACGGUCAAAUUAACCUCAUGUCAAUUAUAUCAAUAUGAGGCACCAAAAACCUUUGUGUGGGAAUAUUUGUACAAGUAGACAGAUACUCAAUAUUAUCAACUAAUAUUUACAAUAAAUGUGAUUUAAUCUGGAUCUAUGGAUAAACUAUAGAAGCGUUUAUAUUUAAAUAUGUAAGGAAAUGUUAUUAUUUAUUAUUGUCUGUAAAUGAAGCUAAAAAAUGAGAUUACAGUCAAACACAUGGAGGAUGGUACAGAGGUAUGAAGAGUCUGAGUGUUUGUACAAAUUAUUAUAUUCAAACAGGAUUAAUGAUCUUACCCUCAUUAUAUUAUAUUAUAUUAAAUGUAAUGCAAUUCCUUUUCAUCAGUAAUGUAGAAUAAUACAUAAAUUACUGAUAUAAUGAUUAAUCACUUUCUAAAAAGAGCUGAAUGCUCAGACCUACAACCUAAAAAUGUAGAAGAUCAUGUAAGGACUAAAAUCACCAUUCAAUUCUCUGAGAAUAAAAAUGUGUGUAUAUUAUGGACAAAGUAUUUUAAAGUUUAUUGAAAACAGUAAUAAAGUUGUGAUUCAGCUUUGUUGUAAUUAAAUAGUAUUUGUAGUUUUAUAACUGUUUCAAUGAUUUUAAUUUUUGUGAGUUAUAGAAAGUCAGAAAAUGUUGUUCAAGACUUUAGAGUGUGUGUGUGUGUGUGUGUGUGUGUGUGUGUGUGUGUGUGUGUGUGUGUGUGUGUGUGUGUGUGUGUGUGUGUGUGUGUGUGUGUAUCAGAAAAGCCCGUGGUGAAGCCCGUGGUGAGUGUGUACCCGGCAGCAUCCAGAGCCCAGCUGGAGGGGAAGAGCUCCCUGCUGUGUGUGGCCUCAGACAUGUUUCCUCCUCUGGUCCAGAUCUCCUGGAGAAGACGGGAGGAAGACGGUUCUCUGAAGGAGCUGUCCUCUGCUGGAGGAGAGCAGCUGGAGCUCAGAGAGUCUGGACGCACCGUCUCCAUCCUGAUGAUCCCUCAGAGGGAGAACAGAACAGACAGAUACCUCUGCACGGUGCAGCACGAGGGGGGCAGCGUGGACACUCACACUGAACAAGGUCCAGAAAGCUGGGUGUCUAAUUCAGCUUCAUUAGAUUGGAGAUGGUGGAGCAGAGGACUGACCUUUCUUUUACUCUUUGUCUCUAACAGAAGUUCCUGCAGCUCCUGAAACCUCCUGUCCUCUAGAGAGAGAGCCGACUGAGCCGUCAGCCCUGCAAGAGACCGACUGUAAGAAUCAGGACAACUUUCUGAACCCUCAGAGGGAAGUUCAGGCACUGCUUUAAAACAGGAGAGAGAAUAAGGGGAAAAACAGGGAAUAUAAACACACACAGGAAAUAUUUCAAAUCAAAUCAGUUCUACAUGCAACGCAAUUUCACAACACAAGAUAUAUACAGAGAAAGGAAACAGGAGCAGACAGUUUGCACUCUUGAUUUAACGCACAGUCAAAGACAGAUGACAAAUAUUUACAUCCAACAAGUUUCUACAAAACACAGUAACAAAUAAUCUGAAAAUAUGAAGUUAAUGUUCAUGAUAUUUCAAUCCACAAUAUGACACUAUCACUUUAAAGCUCCUGUGAGGGUUUUUUACUGGUUAGGAAACCGUUUGAAACUAAUGCUGCUGCCUCUUUAGGACCUUAUAACAGUGUGUGUGUGUGUGUGUGUGUGUGUGUGUGUGUGUGUGUGUGUGUGUGUGUGUGUGUGUGUGUCAGUGUCCUUUGAGUGCAGGGUGAAGCUGCUGUCAGUCCUGUACUCUCUGCUGAUCCUGAAGAGUCUGGUGUACUGCUGUGGACUCUCUCUGCUGACCAUCUUCACUAACAAGCCACCGUCCAUCAGCUGAUGUGCUGACUGACUGUUUCCUGCUCGCCGCUUCUCACCGCCAAACCUCAGCAGCUCGCCGCUUUCUUCAAGAUUUGCUAACAAGCUACAAAUCUAGAGCUUAGAACAUGUUCAUACAAGUUCCUGCAGUUUUAAAGACGUCAACGUAGAAAGAAAAUAAAAGUAAAAAUCAUAUGGCGUCAAAUAGAUUUAGUUUUAUUUCUGCUUGAUUAACUGUAAUUUGAUAGGACAGAAAAAUGUAAGCUUUCUUAAAGUUAUUUUUUCUUUUGUUUUCCAGUUUUUAUUUUCCUUGAAUUAUUCAAAACGUGGUCAGAUUUGUCCAACAUUUUACUGUGUAAAUUUUUCAAAUAAACUCUCAAAAUUCCA